AUGGAAUUGACACAGCAAAAUCAUACAUCAAGUUUCAAGAAUCCACAAAACAUAAUGUUACAUAUAGGCUCUAAUGACAUUGAUUCGGGACUACCACUCAAUGAAUGCCAUAGAAAAUAUGAAGAACUUUUAGAAGAAACACGUAACACCUAUCCAAAUUGCAAAGUGUUUGUAUCAAGCAUUUUGCCAAGACUUGAAAAUGCGUCAUUCAAGCACACCCAAUCCAGACUAAAUGAUUUAAUUCAAGAGACCUGCAAAUCCACCACUGAUGUUUAUUACAUCCAUCACAACCUUAUAGAUAAGGAAAAUAACAUCAAAUCAUAUCUAUUUGAAGACAAAGUCCAUGUCAAUAAAAAGGGUACAAGCUUUCUGGUAUAUAACAAAGAGAUACACCUAUAG